CUUUACUAGUAUAGCCUAUAAAACAGCACAUUAGAGAUGAUCACUGCAGCCUUGCAAUUACAAACAAUGGAGUCCUCCGCCAACCAAAUACCUCUUCAAGACAUCCAAGCUCAAGCACCCAGAUCAAGGUUUCUAUCGAAUGUAGUCGACAAAGUGAGAGACAACCUUGUCUUUCGAUCCAAAAUAUGGGCAGAGCUUAAUGGUGCCAUGGGGGAUUUAGGUACGUACAUACCAAUAGUACUGGCCUUAACAUUAUCCGUUGAUCUUAAUUUAGGGACAACAUUAAUAUUCACUGGCAUAUACAACAUUCUUACUGGGGCAAUCUAUGGCGUGCCAAUGCCAGUCCAGCCAAUGAAAUCGAUAGCUGCUGUGGCUAUAUCAAAUAGUGCAGAAUUUGGCGUGCCCGAAAUCAUGGCAGCAGGAAUAUGUACUGGUGGGAUUUUGUUACUUUUAGGUGUCACGGGUCUGAUGCAGCUUGUUUAUAAGCUAAUCCCACUACCCGUUGUUAGAGGAAUUCAGCUUUCACAAGGGUUAUCUUUUGCCAUGACUGCGGUCAAGUAUAUCAGGAAAGUACAAGAUUUUUCCAAGUCAAAGUCUGGUGGUGAUAGGCAUUGGUUAGGUGUAGAUGGUUUGGUUCUGGCUAUUGUUUGUGCUUGUUUUGUUAUUGUUGUUAACGGUGCUGGUGAGGAGGGUAAUACUGAAAGAGAUGGCGAUGACAUUAAUUUGGAUGGUAGAGAUCAAAGGCCUAAGAGGAGGGGACCGCGGCAGAUUGUAGCCUCACUGCCUUCUGCUUUUAUGGUUUUCUUGUUGGGUGUGAUUUUGGCAUUUAUAAGAAGGCCUGGAGUGGUGCGGGGUUUUAAGUUUGGACCAUCUUCAAUUGAAGUUGUGAAGAUUUCUAAGCAUGCUUGGAAACAGGGGUUUAUCAAGGGUACAAUUCCCCAGCUCCCUCUAUCAGUUCUAAAUUCUGUUAUUGCUGUGUGCAAGUUGUCAUCCGAUCUGUUUCCGGGAAAGGAUUUCUCGGCCUCCUCCGUUUCGGUAUCUGUAGGACUGAUGAACAUAGUGGGGUGUUGGUUCGGCGCCAUGCCAUGCUGCCAUGGUGCAGGUGGACUGGCUGGGCAGUACAAGUUUGGCGGCAGGAGUGGAGGGUGUGUGGCACUUCUCGGGGCAGCAAAAAUGCUACUGGGUUUGGUUUUAGGUAGUUCUUUAGUCAUGGUUUUGAAACAAUUUCCUGUUGGGGUCUUGGGGGUGUUGCUGUUAUUUGCUGGAAUUGAGUUGGCUUUGGCUUCAAGGGACAUGAACACAAAGGAGGAAUCCUUUGUGAUGCUUAUAUGCGCUGCGGUUUCACUGGUGGGUUCAAGCGCAUCACUUGGCUUUGUUUGUGGAACGAUUGUGCAUGUGCUUCUUCAUUUGAGAAACUGGCGAAAAGAGCAGCCAUGUCCUGCUGUAUAGAUGCUUGUAACUCAGUGUUCCAGACUCUGCAGUUUUCAUAUUGUACUCCUCUCCCUAAUUUGAAAUGCUCUUGUUCGUGCCUGAACUGAACCUCUUGGAGCAGGCAACUAGUUAGAAUCUUUCAUUAAGUUCAGUGCCUCCAUUGAAAAGGGUGACGAUAUUCUCUUCUCCAUCCUUCAGUUUUAAUAUAUUGAUAUCAAAUUGUAAUGCGCAGUAGGCAGUAGCGUAUACUCCAAAAUUAUGCUGAUUUGACUUAUCUUUACGAGUCA